AUUGGGGAGCCCGGAUUUCUCCCAUCUUGAAAUUGUUCCGCAGCACAUUGAAAUAUUACUCUCAGCAGUCACCCAAAUCAAUGAACCUGACAGCCUGUAUGGGAUCAUCGGAUCCCACAAGUUGACCUCUCAAAUUAUCACCUUCGAACACGAGGGAAAUUGGAGUAAAGCUCUUGAGUAUUAUGACUUACAAGUAAGGUCUGAACAAGUGAUAGAAUUGGGUAGUUCCAGAAAGUUUUCACCUGAUAAUUCUGGGCCUAUAGUUCAUCCAUCCUUCUCCAAAUCAAAAGAUGAGAUGUGCCACACAAACCCUUACAAAGGGUUGAUUAGGUCUUUGCAGCAAAUUGGCUGCACGCAUGUAUUGGAUGUGUAUUGCCAAGGACUGACUUCUCGAAAAGGCCGUUUUCAGCAUGAUGUAGAAUUCAGCGAGCUUCAGUAUGAAGCUGCUUGGCGUGCAGGAAACUGGGAUUUCUCUUUGCUAUAUGGGGAAGAUGGUUCUCCUACUUCUUGUCAACAUAUCAGAAAUGGUCAUUUCAACGAAAAUUUGCACAGCUGUUUAAGAGCAUUGCAGGAGGGAGAUUUUAAUGAAUUUCAUAAGAAACUGAAAAAUUCAAAGCAGGAGCUAUUGUUUUCCAUUUAUCAUGCAAGCGAGGAAAGUACCGAGUAUAUCCAUUCAACAAUCAUUAAACUUCAGAUUUUUUAUCAUCUCGGGAUGGCGUGGGAUUUACGUUGGAAAAGUUCGUCAUGUGAAAAGAUGAUUUCCCCUAUAGAGUUGCAGAACUUUUUACAUGAACCUGUAGCCCCCACCAUGGAACAGUUGUCAAGGCUAAAUUUGGAUUGGAGCUGCAUUCUGGAACGAGCACAGUCACACAUGAGUUUGUUGGAACCUUUCAUAGCAUUCAGAGGAGUCUUGCUUCAGAUUUUGAAUUGUAGGUGCUGUACCGCAGAGCAUCUUUUAGAGUCUGCAUCUACUCUUCGUAAGGGCUCUAGAUAUUCUCAGGCUGCUGCAGCUUUGCAUGAGUUUAAGUUCCUCUGCAAUGGAAUGGGAGAAGGAUGUUCUCACCUGUAUUUUCUUGGAAGGCUUGAAGAAGCUAAACUUCUGCGUGCCCAAGGCCAGCAUGAGAUGGCAAUCAACCUUGCAAAGUAUAUCUCACAGCACUGCCAGUUGAACGGAGAGGUGGCAGAUGUGUAUCGUUUAAUUGGGAAGUGGCUGGCAGAAACUCGAUCAAGCAACUCUAGGACUAUAUUAGAGAAGUACCUGAAACAUGCAGUUACUCUUGCUGAGGAUCACAAAGCCACUGACAAGAAGUCCACUAUAAGACGAAGCCAAAUGCAUUUCCAUCUUGCUCACUAUGCAGAUGGUCUCUUUCGUAGCUAUGAUGAGAGACUCAACUCUAACGAGUGGCAAGCAGCAAUGCGGUUAAGGAAACACAAGACAAAAGAGCUGGAAGCCUUGAUUAGGCGACUAAAGAGUUCACCAAAGGUGGAGAAGACCGACUAUUCAGUAAAAAUACAAGAGUUGCAAAAGCAACUUGCAAUGGACAAGGAGGAAGCUGAAAAAUUACAGGAAGACACAGACAAUUUUCUCAGCACAGCAUUGAGAGGAUAUAAACGUUGUCUGGUCAUAGGUGAUAAAUAUGACUUAAGAGUGGUAUUUCAACUUGUUUCCCUGUGGUUCAGUCUCUCUUCCAGGCAAAUUGUUGUAAAUGCCAUGCUUAGCACAAUCAAAGAGGUUCAGUCUUGCAAGUUUAUUCCACUAGUCUACCAAAUUGCGUCAAGAUUGAGUAGCCCAAAAGAUGGUCAGGGGCCUCAUAAUUUCCAGUUUGCCUUGGUUUCUCUUGUGAAGAAAAUGGCCAUUGACCAUCCAUACCAUACAAUCUUUCAGCUUCUAGCAUUGGCAAAUGGUGACCGAAUUAAGGACAAGCAGCGUAGUAGGAACUCAUUUGUCGUGGAUAUGGAUAAAAAAAUUGCUGCCGAAAACCUCUUAAAAGAGUUAUCAUCAUACCAUGGGGCUGUCAUCGGACAAAUGAAACAAAUGGUGGAAAUUUACAUCAAACUUGCUGAAUUGGAAACAAGGAAAGAGGAUACGAACAGAAAGGUUAACCUACCAAGAGAAAUUCGCUGUGUUCGACAACUUGAACUUGUACCUGUUGUGACAUCUAAUUUUCCCGUUGACUAUAGUUGUCAAUAUCAUGAAGGCUCUUUCCCACACUUCAAAGGGUUGGCAGAGUCAGCCAUGGUAAUGAACGGUAUAAAUGCCCCAAAAAAGGUUGAAUGCCUAGGGUCUGAUGGUCACAAAUAUCGACAAUUAGCAAAAUCUGGAAAUGAUGACCUGAGACAAGAUGCUGUAAUGGAACAGUUCUUUGGUCUAGUUAACAUUUUCUUACAGAAUCAUCGGGAUACUUGGAAACGGAGGUUAAGAAUACGUACAUACAAGGUUAUACCUUUUACACCAAGUGCUGGUGUUAUUGAAUGGGUAAAUGGCCAUGUGCCACUAGGCGAAUAUCUUAUAGGAAGGUCUGGCAUAUUAAAUUCAGUGCAGUCCUCUAGCAGUACAUUUGGAAUAUUGUAG